AUGGGCGUGAUCAACCACAAUGCGGACGCUCCGCGUCCCGAGACCCUCGUAACUGCCACCCUCGCCUUCCUCGAGAAACACUGGCCCGUCCUCCUCGUCGGCGGCCUGGUGAUCCGCGCCCUGUACAAGCGCUACGCCUCACCGCUGCGUAAGUAUCCGGGCCCCUUCCUGGCCUCCUUCAGCCGACUGUGGAAGGUGUUGUCGACGGCGUCCGGGCACACACACCUGGACCACAUCGCGCUGCACCGGCGGUACGGCCCGGUGGUGCGGAUCGCGCCGGGCGAGGUGUCGGUCUCGUCCCCGGAGGCGGCGCGGACUCUGCUGAGCGCCGGUCGCCGCUUCUUCAAGACGCCCUUCUACGGCGUCUUCCCGCCGCCCGAGAACCCGGACAUCUUCACCGAGACGCGCGAGGACGUGCACGCCACCAAGAAGCGCGUCGCCAAUGUGCCCUACAGCAUGGCCGCCAUGCAGCAGCUGAGCCCCUUCAUCGACGACACCGUCGAGCUGCUGGUGCGCAAGAUUGACGAGUUCAUCGACAAGAACCCCCGCGGCGUCUUCAACCUCGGUGACUACCUCCACUACUUCGCCUUCGACGUGCUCGGCGAGGUCGCCUUCAGUAGGAGCUUCGGCUUCCUCGAGCAAGGGAAGGACGUGGAUGGGGCCAUCAAGACCAUCGACAACUCGCAGUGGUACAAUGGGGUCGUCGGCCAGGUGCCCGAGCUGGACCACUUCCUGCGGCGGAACCCGCUGUGGCAGUUCGUGCCCUGGCUGAGCACCAAGAAUGCCCUCAUCACCCGAAUGGCCCUUGAGGAGAUGGCGAGGCGCCAGCCGUUCGACAAAGACAACGGAGGCCUUUUGAGAACCGGCGAUGGCCGCCAGGACCUGAUGGCCAGUCUCAUCCAGGGGCACCUCAAGGAUCCCGAGAAGUUUGGUGAAGGAGAUGUCUUUGCCGUCGCCCACGGUGCGAUCUUCGCCGGCUCCGACUCGACGGCCUCCACCAUGCAGUCUUUUUUCUGGCACAUCCUCGAUGCCAAACCGGUGUAUCAGGGUAUCGUACGCGAGCUCGAGGAGGCCGUCAAGGAGGGAGUCAUCCCCGCCGAGGGCAACCUCACCUGGAACCAGGCGCAGAAGCUGCCCUACCUGCAGGCCUGUCUUAAGGAGGCCAUGCGCGUCCGUCCGGCUGUCGGGCUCAACAUCACUCGGCUCGUGCCGCCCGAGGGCGCCGAGCUGGACGGCCACUUCUUCCCGGGCGGUACGACCGUUGCCUGCAACGGCUGGGUGUUGCACCGGGAUAAGGAGAUCUUCGGGCAGGAUGCGGACGACUUCCGGCCCGAGCGGUGGCUGGAAGACGAGGAGAGGGCAAAGAAGAUGGAGCGGUACAUGUUCCAGUUUGGCGGCGGGAGUCACUUGUGCAUCGGCCGCAACCUGGCGCUCCUCGAGAUCAACAAGGUCGUGCCGAGGCUGCUGCGCGACUUCCGGAUCGAAUUGGCGCACCCGGGCCGGCCCCUCAAGGUCCACGCGUCCUUCUUCGUGGUCCAGUCCGGCCUGGAGGUAUACAUUAGCAGGAAAGCAUGA